GAACGGACUUGAGCGGAAGCUUACUGGUCUUUUGCGAAAGCCACAACCCGAAGGAUCGAGGCAACGCGUGGUUGUUCCCGCCGGGCACUUUGAGAUACGUGCAAAAAGCGAGCCAGGACAAGAGCACCUGCUAUUUCGUGUGGGACGAUCUGGACGAAGAUGCCAGGUGGGUGCGGCAGCGAAAGGUGCAGGGUUUAAGGGUACAUCCUUCCGAACAUGAUGCUAUCGUCACACGGCGAAAACAGGGGCGCCUGGAGGAAAAUGUCGAGCUUUUCGAUGACUGGCUUUUGAGACAUGCCAGUGAUCCCCGGGUGCAGCUCAUCUUGGAAGGCCCCGUGUUGGAGACAGAAGUGGAGUUGCACGAGGAGCCUGGGGUUGAGCCGGCACCAUUAUCUCACCGAACCUUGCAGCGGAUGGAGCUGGAUUCCUGUGACGAAGAGGAGCCGGAGGAUGACGGCCAGACGCGCAGGUUCUGUGGAGAGGAUGGGACCGGGACCUUCCUGGAAUUCCUACGACGUCGUGUGCUGCAGCACCUGGACCCGCGGAGGAUCCGUUUCAUGGACCCGAGAGAGUUGGGAGAUCCGGACGAUGAGGAGCUGCGCAUCAGGUUCCAGAGCCUCCUUCAGAAGCCGAUGCCACGGGACUUGGAGGAGCAAAAAGCGGAUGAACUGGGCCUGGCCGCCACGAAGCGGCCCAUGAAGCAAUGGGUGAAGCAGGCACUUGGGUCUCCCACGGUUCCUUCGUGGGAGGCCUUCUUUGGAGCAUCUUCGGAGCUCUUGUACUACUCGCCCCACAUCCGGGGCGACUUCGUACCCUUCCUCGCUUGCGUGCUGAAGCCCCCGGAGGCAAAACGGCGCCAGGGGGUGCUGCUGGAAUUCUUCCAGCACCUCUACUGUGGAAAGGUGUCAGAUGCCUUCGCGAUGCUGCGCCAGGACGGGGGAGCCCGCUCCUGCCUGCGAGUGCGCUCUGCCCUGCAUCUUCGUCCGGACCAGAAAAGCUACAAACGCCGCCAGGAUGUUCGGCGCUUGAUCCCUGUGCACUGUGCCCCUGUGGAUCGUUUCUUGAAGGCGCGGAACUCUGACCCGCCCAGGACUUGGAUUUCAGACUUGGCGCAGCAAGUCAAGAAGGGGGGCGCCGAGGAUGUCGUGCGAGCAGCUCAAUCCUGGUACCUGAGAUCGGUGGAAGCCUUCCUGAGCAACCCGAAAGCGCAAGAUGUCGAGGGCGACUAUUUCGUGGCGUGGCUCCGGGAAUGUCAUCGCGAGAUCCAUGACGACAUCGACACCUCGGAUCCGGCCUUGCUCCGGUCCCGGGAUCGGGUUCCGAGCCUCUCAAAUCCGACGAAGUACCAUAACCUCCGAGGGAUCCACAUCCCGGGCUUCGAAGAUGCGAUGGCAGAGAUCGUCAGCUUCGAUCCCGAUGCUGGAAAGCCAACCACGAAGAGGCAGAGGGUCCUGGCCAAGAUCAUCAUCGAUGUCUUCCAGCUUCGCAUGGUCGAUUUGGCGGCGAUCCUUUUGGUCUCAGAUCGUGUGCUCCAGGCCCGCAUUGGGACCGAGGUGGUCGUGAUCUUGUACGCUGGGAGCGACCACGCCAGCGCCGUAGAGAGCUUCUUCCGGGAGCGUGGCUUCCGAGGAGAUCACCUGCCGCGCGCUGGCCGCGUGGGAAAGGACUACUGGUAUCCUGAUGAGCCAAGAGGGCUCCAGCUGCCGAGCUACCUCCAUGAUUUCGGCGAUCUCUUCAGCUGA